AUGGCAAGAACAAAACAGACAGCAAGAAAGAGCACCGGAGGAAAGGCACCAAGAAAACAAUUAGCAACUAAGGCAGCAAGAAAGAGCACCGCCCCAGGAGCAGUGGCAGCAAAGAGGCCACACAGAUUUAAGGCAGGAACAGUUGCUCUGAGAGAAAUUAGAAAGUACCAGAAGACAACCGAUCUUCUUAUAAGAAAGCUCCCAUUCCAGAGACUAGUCAGAGAGGUUGCAUCAGAGUACAAGACAGAUGUAAGAUUCCAGUCCUCUUCUAUUCUGGCCAUCCAGGAGAGUUUAGAAAACUACUUAACCGGUCUAUUUGAGGACAGCAACAGAUGUGCCAUCCACGCAAAGAGAGUCACUCUCAUGGCACGUGACUUGCACUUAGUUAACAAAAUUAAGUCAACCAUAAUUGCAUAAGACACCCACAUAAUAAAGUACA